ACACCCUCAAGGAGACGGCAACUCCCCUUCCGUCUCCCCUUCUCCAUCGUCAUACUCAACCCGCUCAGUGUCGCAACCAGCUGAUGCACAUGAAGGCACAUCUUCACGAACUGGCAACACGUCCACCGUGGCGCAGCUAUUGUCAACCACCUCGAUGUCAGAUAGCAACGACUCACCUGUCCUCGCCGAUCCGCCAAUCAGAAAGUGUACUGUCGUCAUUGCCGGGGCCGUUGGUUCUGGGAAAAGCUCCCUUGUCAAUCUCUUAUCUAGGAAAAGUGUCGCGGGCACAUCGAUCGACGCCGGGCGCUGCACGGGAGAGUUGAAGGAUUACACGAUUUCUUUUCGCGACACCGCCUAUAAAGUGUUUGAUACUGUUGGGUUUACAUGCAGUAACGGUCCUUCCUCUGUGCCCAAGGAACGGCCAAAGAAGUAUGAAAAACGGCAGAUCGGAGAAAUAUCCGGCCAGGGCAGUAUUGACUUGAUACUGCUCUGCGUGCCAAGCAGAAACUUUCGUGUGCAAGCGGUGCUCGACAUUCACAACAAGAUCCAGGGCGAAUUGAAUGGAAGAAAAGUGCCCAUCGUACUCGUCGUCACUCACUUCGAGGAGCAGCAGCCCAGUGCUACUACUCAUACUAUCGACAGAUGGUGGUCCGAAAAUUCGUCGACGUUUCAGGC